AUGGCUCCUGUGCAGCGCGAAUCGAGGACCAAGGAAGAAUUGCCACUACCCCUUUCUUUGCCGGACCGGAACGUCACAGCCGACAACAUCGAGGACGCGUACGUUCGCUUCAUCUUCUACUGCAACCCCGCCACCCCAUUCUCCCCGAGCCCCGAGGUCGACACGCUGAGGGAGGCGUUUAGCUCGCCUCCCAAGAGCUGCGGCAAAUCCUUUCACAUCUUCACCAUCUAUCAGCUCGUUCGCAAGUUCUACGACAGGGAGAUUAAGACAUGGGCCGAGCUGAUGACCACACUCGGCGUCGAGCCCCCCGACCCGACAAAGGACGAAAGCUCGCAAAAGGUGGCUCAGUACGGCAGCUUUUUUGAGUAUCUCAUGGACAUACCCAACGACUACUGGACGAACAUCCCCACCGACGCCGACCCGACGGCGAUCCGUGUUCGUGACGGCGUCGCCAUCGAGGACGACAUGGCCCUGCGAUCCAUCCUGCCGCAGAUACGGCCCAAGAGAGGCCGUAGGUCGGCCGAGGAAGAGGCGGCGGCGAAGGCUUCGGCGAAGAGGAGGCGAUCAAUGGCUUCGUCCGCCGCCGGCAACCAGUAUCCAGCGGCACAGCCGUCGUGGCCGGCAGAUGCUGGCGGCCGUGCCUUUGCGUUGCCAGGUCCGGACAUGCCGCACCGCGUCGACUACGACAGCCUGUACCCGGUGCCGCCGAGCAUCGGUCAGAGGCCUGCAUCGGCCGUGACGCCGACGCCGAACGAUGCCGGCCUGGGGGGCGACAGUCCCCGGCUCCGUUCCUUCUCAACGCCUCUGAGGACGAAGACGUCUGCCAGGCGAGGGACGAAGAACGUGUCGUCCGCUUGGAAGCUAAACGACGCAGACGCGGCCGGGCGGCACCGUGGACGACCAUCCGUGCAGCAGCAGCAGCAGCAGCAGCAGCUUCUUCACCACCAUCGGCAGCUCCCCAAUUUGGCCGAUGUUGGCGGACCCCUCCUUCCAGCCUGGACACCCGUCCACGGCACGCCGACAAGCACGGGAAGCUCCAGCUCGGAAUUUCCGUCCCCCCCCGACCGCCGUGGCUGGCGUCAAACGCCGUGCCCACCUCUGCUCGAGCCUCGGGUGGAUGGACCAGCUGCGCCGACGAGCAUCUUUGGAACGACGGCCCAGGCGCAGCAGCAGGCACAGCAGCAGGCACAGCAGCAGGCGCAGCAGCAGGCACAGCAGCAGGCACAGCAGACGCAGCAGCAGGCACAGCAGACGCAGCAGCAUGCACAGCAGCAUGCACAUCCGAAGGCGUACCCCGACGGGCUGCGGGCCCCUCGACGGAGCAUCUCCCCCCGCGUACCGUUCUCGGUCCGACUGGGAGCACCGGCGCAGGCGUCAAGCCCUUGGCCCGAAGUGUCGACGAAGAAGCAGGAGGAUGGCCAACCGGACGCUGCCCGUCCGGCUUCUCGCCCUCUCUGCCGAGGCCCGAGCGCCACCCCGGCGGAUGCGUGGCAGCGGUACGCGAAGGAGACGGCCGACGCCUACGAGCAGGCGAAGAAAGUACCCACCGACAACUGGCAGGCCUCCCUUGGUGGUCUGCCCGACUAUUACUUCGAGAAGACGGCAGAUCGGACGAACGUCGAGGAUCUCAUGGCCUAUCUCAUUCGCCUCAUGUCGAGCUCGGAAUGGACCGACGCCGACGGCAACGCCGACGAACCGGCCAUGAUGGAGGAGUCGACGGCCAUUGUCAACGCGAUGCUUCAGACCAUGUACAAGUCGGCCAGCUCGCCGCAGGCAUUCCUCUUCCACGUCGCCGCCCUUGCCGGCUCGGCGAACCUCAUGAACAGCCGACCAAGGUGCAUGCGGGUGCGCGAGGACGCGGAUUCGUACGUCUACAAAUGCGUCUGGAAGUAUCGCUUCGGCCACUUCAGGGGCAACUUCACCACCCACCAGGCCGUUCCGCGUACCAUGUGGACGAGGGCGAAGAAGACGGGCACCGGCGCGGCCGAGGGGACCCGACAGCAAGCGGUACCCCCAUCGUCCGCCGACUGGAGAAAGAAGUACGAGGCGUUGCAGCGGGAGAUGGAGGCGCGCGACGGGGAGGUGCGGGAGCUCAAGCUCAAGGUCAUGUCGUCUCUUGGGCGGGAGUGGACGGAGCGGUCAUGA